AUGUUCAACCACAAUCCCCACAACGUCUUCGCCGUAAUGCCGCUAGACAAGCUCGCUCCGGAAAUUCUACUCUCUGUGGUUUCAUUCUUACCGAGUAAAGAUGCUCGUGUGCUUUCCCGCACCUGCCGCAAGCUCCAUGCUAUCUGCGAGAUCCAGCUUUAUGCCAGUGUCAACUUCGAACUGAAGGAUUCCUCGGACUCAUCUACGGACAAACGACUCGUCCGUUUCUUUGGGAGCCUGAUGGCGAGGAAGGAGAGGUGCACCUACGUCCGAAACUUAUCGCUUGAUUUUGGCCGGACGUUCACUAGCAGGGAUCAUGCUUUGGUCUCUGCAAUCGUCGAGGCCCUCCCUUGCCUCCACACUUUCAUAUUCAGUUAUUCCAACGUCGACUUUUCCGACGAUGAUAUCUUCAAGCUUCCUCAACUGACGAGGUCACGUCGCGCUAUCGUCAAGUCUUCCUUGCGAACUCUGAAGGCCACUAUCCUUUCUGGUCGCCAGAAACGUUCUCCUUCCCAUAACACCAUCGCUAUGCGUCGCCCCUUUGAGGAACGAUCCUCUCUAUUAAACCUCACUUGGCUUAAUAGAAACCUCUCCGAAGGCCCAUUCUUUCUCUCCUUCGUCCGUUUACAUUCCAAUAUUCGGUUCUUGCAUCUCGAACACGCCACGAACUUCCCUAAAAUGGACGCGAGCAUUCUACCUAAUUUAGAAAGUGUUAGAGCGUCUAUCCGUGUUGUGCUCGCAUUGCUCCCUGGAAGGAGGAUUCAGAGGGUAAACACAUGGAUCUAUACCGGGGUUGGCGACAUGUGGGACGAAUAUUUGAACGAUACAAGUGGUAAUGUCUUCAGGGAAGAUGGUCUUGAUGCUAUCAAGGUGUUUACGUGCCAGGAUGUCGGCGAUGGCGCCCCUGGAGGAUUCCUGCCGUUUCUUAUCGAAAAGAUGAAGAAUCUUGAAGUGUUAGACACAAUGGGCGGUCUCCCAGUUGAAAUCCCCACUCUCCGCAAAACGAAGGUCCAACUGCUACGACUCCAUCACAGCGCCGAUAGAUCCCAAGCACUGAAUCUCUUCCAAGCAGUCAAGACGCUCCAAUGUAUCGAGUGGUUGGCUAUCAACAUCGUUGAUGAUGGCGGUCCGGGUUUGUUGAUUCUGUACACAGCGUCCAGAUUGUAUAGGAACGGAAAAUGGACCCCGCAUGUUCAGUGGAAGUGCGAGCCUGGGGAUGAGUGGUUUUCGGAUUGGAAGGAUGUAUUUUGGGAGUAA